GUGUGUUGAGGUACCAGCUAGAUGUCUUCUCACCGAGGACCGGCGGCGGCACAGGGCAGUGGGGCUCCUGCCAACAACAGGGAGCCAGACACGGUGGAGCUGGCCGAACCGGGGUCCCGGCUAGAAGAGAGGGGCACACGGGGGGUCGCUGACCCAGCCAAGGCUGAAGCAGAGCGAGCAUGCGCAGUGCCCCAUGAGCAGCAGCAGGAGGAGGAGGAGGGGGAGGAGAGCGUCCUGACGCUUCCCCUGCAAGCAUACAGUGCCAUGGAGAAGAUGGAGGAGUACGUGUAUAAGGUCUGGGAGGGACGAUGGAGGGUCAUCCCGUACGAUGUGCUCCCCGACUGGCUGAAGGACAACGAUUACCUGCUCCACGGCCACAGGCCGCCCAUGCCCUCCUUCCGGGCCUGCUUCCGGAGCAUCUUCCGCAUCCACACGGAGACAGGCAACAUCUGGAUCCACCUGCUUGGUUUUGUGCUGUUUCUGUGUCUGGGGCUCUUGACCAUGCUGAGACCAAACAUGUACUUCAUCGACCCCCUGCAGGAGAAAGUGGUGCUGGGGAUGUUCUUCCUGAGCACGCUGCUCUGCCUCAGCUCCUCCUGGGUCUUUCACACCGUCUACUGUCACUCAGAGAAAGUCUCGCAGACCUUUUCCAAACUGGAUUAUUCAGGGAUUGCCAUACUAAUUAUGGGGAGCUUUGUCCCCUGGCUCUAUUACUCCUUCUACUGCUCCCCACAGUCACGGCUCAUCUACCUCUCCAUCAUCUGUGUCCUGAGCAUUUCCGCCAUCAUUGUGGCACAGGUGGACCAGUUUAGCACGCCUAAAUACCGGAAGACAAGGGCAGGGGUGUUCCUGGGCUUGGGCUUGAGCGCCAUUGUGCCUGCCAUGCACUUUACGAUCUCCGAGGGCUUUGUCAAGGCCACCACCGUGGGCCAGGUAGGCUGGUUAAUCCUCAUGGCUGUGAUGUACAUCACCGGGGCUGGUCUCUUUGCUGCUCGAAUCCCUGAGCGCUUCUGUCCUGGAAAGUUUGACAUAUGGUUCCAGUCUCAUCAGAUUUUUCACGUCCUGGUGGUGGCAGCAGCCUUUGUCCUCUUCUACGGGGUCUCCAACUUUCAGGAAUUCCGCUACAGCCUGAAAGGCAGCUGUACUGAUGACUCUCUUCUCUGAGCCUCCCCCGCAAGGCUGGAGGGGGACGUCCCAAGUGCUUUAAAAAAUAACUUCUUUGCUGAAGUGAAAGGAAGCGUCCACGUUGUCUGUUUCUAGAAAAAACCUCUUAGAGAAUUCAGUCUCAGCCAGGGUUCAGCCCCCCUCAGGGCAGGGGGGGCGGGGUGGAGAUAAGCCUUUCCUGUCCCUCUCCGAGGAAAGGGUGAUCCACCUGGCCAUGCUCCUCCUUAGCAGCCCUCCUCAGCAAGGCAACUCUGUCCCUUUGGCACGGAGUGCUUUGAAGCUCAUGUUGAGAUUUUAUCUCCCCUCCAACCAUUUUGGGAAAAAAUGAGGGGCUGUGAUUCUUCAGAAAUUCUAUUUCUGAAAGAAAUGUCCCUCCCUUACCCCCAUCCUUACUUUGUAACCUGGCUUAGAACAGGCCAUCCAUUUUGUAGCAUCCUUUUCAGAAAUUAUUGUAACCUGUCCCGUCUUUCUGGGGCCUGGAUCUGCUGACAGCAGGAAGAAGUCACCAAUUUUGAGACAGCCAGGCUUCAGAUAACUUGAGUUUUAAUUUUUUUUUAUUGGCAGAGUAAUAUAAAAUUAUCAUUGCUGUGUAUCCUGAUGCAAAGGCUAUGAAGAUAAUAAAAGGAAGUACAGAAGAAAAA